GGGACACGCUCAUGGGCUCCGCGGGGCCGCCGCCGCCGACCGGGACCGGCGCCGCUUCCGCCUCCCGCACCUUUACCCUCUGACCCCGUGACGUCACGGCGCGGUGACGUAGCGGGCGGCGCGGUGGUAGCGGCGGCAGCGCGCGGGGGGCUGCGAGGGGCGGCUGCUGCUUCUCGCGAGAGUUGGAGUAAUUCUACAGUUCUGCUCCAGGCUCUCUCCUGUUGAGGUGUGAGUUUCCUUGGCCCCUCCCAGCAUGUACCUGAGGAGCGCUGCCCGUGCCCAGAACCUUCUGUGUGCCGGGAUCCGGCGGCUCCUGCUGAUCCAGCAGCAGUCCAGAGGGUUCUCUUACAAAGCCAUGAUCUUUGAGGAGAGUGGGGUGCUGCUCCCAGCCCCUCACAGGACAGCCACAGAAUGGGAGGCGCAGAGCUGCAUUCCAGCUGGCACCAUCCAGCAAGCUGCACUGUCUGGAGGGGAGAACAGCCUCUCUCUCCAGUAUUCCAGAGGAGAGCUGACAGCUGUGGAGUUCCUGCAGGAAUUGGGACAGCAGUGCUUUGAGAUUGCAAAUGUCCGUGUUCCAGUGCACUCCUUUCUCUGGGAUUUGAUCCGAAAUGAGAUGAUAAAACAGCUCCCCAUAAUGGCAGAAGCAGCUCAGUGUAUCCGGGCAGAAGGGCUUAAGACAGCUCUGCUGAGCCACAACUUGUGCCUGGGGGAUGGAGAGAGGUUCCUGCCCCUGGACCAGCAGCACUUUGAUGUGAUGGUUGAAUCACACCGGGAAGGGAUGCCCAGGCCAGAUCCUGGGAUCUACAAGCUGUGCUUGGAGCACCUGGCUGUGCAGCCCCAGGAAUCCAUCCUGCUGGACAGCAGCAGCCACAACCUGAAGGCAGCAGCCCAGCUUGGCAUGAAAACAGUGAAGGUUGAUGAUCCAGAAGCAGCACUCCAAGAGCUGGAAGCCCAUCUGGGAUUUCCUUUGCGGGGGUUUGUUCCCUACACUCGUUCAGUGAGACCAGGCAGGGAAAUCCCAAAGGAUCGUCUGCAGAAGUACCUUGAAGAUGUUCUUGGUGCCCACCCAACAGCCCCACUGGAGUUAAGGCAGUUUAACCAUGGAGACUCCACCCGGAGCUAUUUGGUGAAGUUUGGAGGUCGUUUGCUGGUGCUGAAGAAGGAGGAGGAGCCUCCCGAUGGCCCCUCAGGCCCUUCUGUGCUGAGGGAAUACAGGGUCCUGAAGGCUCUGGCUGAGGCUGGUGUUCCUGUGCCCCCUGUGCUUGCUCUCUGCGAGGACAGAAGCAUCCUUGGCACUCCCUUCUACCUGCUGGAGCACUGUGCUGGCCACAUCCCCCGCGCCGUGUCCCUGCCCGCGGUGCCGCCGCGCCGGCGCGGGGCCUGCUACAGAGCCAUGGCACACGUCCUGGCCAGGAUCCACAGCCUGGACCUCGGAGCAGCCAAGCUGCAGGACCUCAGGGAACACGGAAAUUACAUCCAGCAGCAGUUUGAGACCUGGACAAAGCAGUACCGAGCUGUGGAAACUCACGUUAUCCCAGCGAUGGAGAGGCUCAUCCAGUGGCUGCCUCUGCAUUUUCCUGAAUCCCAGAAGACAACAGUGGUGCACGGUGAUUUCAGGAUGGACCACCUGGUCUUUCAUCCAGACAGGCCAGAAGUCCUUGCUGUGCUGGGCUGGAAGUUUGCCACUCUAGGAGACCCCAUGUGUGAUUUGGCGAAUAACUGUAUGAGCUUCUUCCUGCCAGCCCACUUUGGUGCUCGCAGAGGCUUGAGGAAGUGUGACUUGGGGCACCUGGAAAUUCCCACGGCAGAGGAGUAUUCCCAGAUGUACUGUGUCCACAUGGGAAUGGAGCGCCCGGAGAACUGGAAUUUCUACCUGGCCUUUGCCUUUUUCCGCCUGGCUGCGAUGCUGCAGGGACGUCAGGGGGGCUCCCUGGCAGGGAGGCCAGCUCCAGGUGACAGCAGCCCCAAGGACACAGAGUUUGUGGCCGAGCUGGCUUGGGAUUUUGCCAUUAAAGAAGGAUUCCGUGUGUUUGAGAACCUCCCCCCUACAAAGCUCCUCGCACGACAUUCCAGCACCUGGGCUGGGCAGUUCCUGAGCAGGAGUUACAGCACCUGGGCAAGUCCUGGGGCAGCUCCUGUGCCCAGAGUGCCCCUGCUCACUCCCCCCAGCCUGUGGGGGAUGGCCCAGGGUCUUUGCUGCAAGAUGGAAAAUGUGGGCAUCCAAUGGGGCUUUCCAAAUUCCCAUUCCAGAGGGACUCCACGUCCUCUGCCAGAACUGCAGGUCCCUGGAGCAAAACAUCUACACAGUGCAGAUCCCAGCCCAGCAUUUCCCUUGGACCUGAGCUCCACGUCCGGCUGAGGAUCCCAAGGGGUUCACAGGACUCUCCAAAGCAGAGCUGAGCCAGGAGCUGCAGCGCUGGGAAACCUCAGAUGGGGACCCAAACCAGCCACUGUGGCACGGGAGAGGCUGUGCUAGGGCAGCCUGUGAGCUGUGAGUUCAAUGGUGUUUGGUGUUAUCUGUGCUCAGUGCUUUUAUUGCCUGGCUCAAUACGGGGCAAAGACCAUCCUGGGAUGGUGAGGCUGCAGGAAAUCAGAACUGCAGCAGGGACACUUGGGAGUGACCUGGCUGGGGGUGCAAGGCUUGGUUUUGGGAAUAAAGAGAAAGGACCAGCA